AUGAGUCCAGCCUUUUUACCGGAAGAUCACAAGUUGGCAUUCUCGCUUGUCCUGCUCUUUCACGUCCCCUUCGUAUGCUUAUCCCAAUCAACAGGAAACAUUAGUAAUGAGACGACAAACAAUGACUUAUCGAAUUCCACUGCACAGAAGGCUGUUCCAGGCUGCCGUCCAGGACUAGAUCCUCUCUAUCGAUACCUGUGUGACCGCAGAGCCAUGUGGGGCAUCAUCCUAGAGACUCUGGCCUCAUCUGGUUUCCUCUUCACUAUGUUCCUCCUUCUCGGCCUCCUCCUCUGGUCCCUGUGGAUCUGCGUCUCCUUACGACAACAGCGUAGCAGCAUAGGGAGCAUAGUAGCUUGCAUGAGCAUGUUUUUGUUGGCUACAGGUGGCAUCUUUGCUAUCACCUUCUCCUUCAUCAUCCAGCUCAGCCCUCAGACGUGCCCCACAAGGAUCUUCCUCUUCAGCGUCUUCUUCUCCUUGGGCUUCUCUUGCUUGUUGGCUCGAUGCCUGGCUUUGAUAGGCUUCGCGGCCGCUCGAGGUUGGGGUGAGCCCGCCAUGGCUUUGGGACUUUUCAUCAUUCAGGUGAUCAUCUCCACCGAGUGGCUCAUACUGGUCAUGGUGCGGGAUAAGAAGCCCUGCGAGUACAGCCAAGAGGAGUUUGUCAUGUUGCAGAUCUACGUCCUGUGCCUCCUGGCUAUCAGCUUGAUUCUGUCAAUGCACUUCCUCUGUCGCUCCUGCGUCACGUACAACUACAGGUACGCGGGGGCAUUUCAUCAGCAGAGCCGGCAACAGGCCGUGCUCCUCUUCCUCACGCUCCUGCUCUCCGCCGGCAUCUGGGUGACAUGGAUCGCGAUGCUCACCAGAGGCAAUUCCAAGUUGAGCCGUCGGCCGCAGUGGGACGACCCGACGCUCGCCGUGGCCUUGGUGGCCAAUGGUUGGGUGUUGUUAAUGGGACACGGCUUGUCGCAAGUUGCCUUCCUGUGCAGGGGCGAGGCCAAAUCUAAGGAGAUCCCUCUGAGCUUUGCGGGCUGGACCAGUCCCAAUAAUGACAUGCCAGGGUUGAACAGUCCCAAGGCGGGAACAGAGAAUGGGAGCUUUGAGAAUGAGCCUGAUAAAAGAAAAGGCCGGAGAGUAGAUCCAACACUGCAAUCACCCUACGAGUCCGGAUUCUCCAUGACCGGAAUUGACCCCAAUAAGGAUUAUACCAUUCCUCGCCCACAGACCACCAACUAUGGGGAACCAUAUGAUGACUAUUAUGGACAAUUUUAG